AUGGCCCUACCGAAGGUAGGGGCGGAAAACCUAGAAGUCCGCCAGCGGGUGGCAACAAGACUGCCAGCGGCCCUCGCUGCUGGAACUAGUAAGGCAGGCCCAAGUAACCUAUCCCCAAAAACAGGAGCCAGUGAUGCGGCCAACCUGGGGCCUGCCAAACAGACAAGAUACAAUUGUGAGGACUGCGGGAAGGCGUUCUACACCAAGAAUGGACUUACAAGACACAGACCCGCGUGUGGCACCGUAGAGCGGACCAAAUGCCAGUACUGCGGGUCGGAGUUUUCAUCUUUUACUGGCGUGCGACUGCAUGAGCACAGGGCACACGCCGCUGCAGUAAAUGACGAGAAGAGGGAGAGGCUGAAAAGGCCGGAAUCUGAACUGAUGCAGAUAAUGGCGAGAAUAGAAGCUGCCACUAUAAAGGGGCAACCCUUUAUAGACAGGAUGAUACCGGCCUUACUCGCGACCAAGUGCGGCACAGAAGAAAACAAACCCGUUUACAAGGAGUACCUCUGUGCCGCCAAGAGAUCCAAACAAACAAUCUCCCUUUCCCUCGGCCUGUGCCCUCGGCUGGCAGCGCGCGCCAGUGCCCAUGUGGAAACUCCUAACAUCGAGGGUGAAUCAGUCCACACUGAGACAACUGCGGAGCAAUCUCCGCAGGAUAUUACCAACAAAGAGGACAGCGAAGACGACGGAGACGGUAAGACACCUAGAGCACAUAUUGUUGUUACACCAAUUUUGCAGAACGGCGGUACGAAGCGACAACGUAAUGAGUCGAUGUCGCCUCUCAUGCAGCCGACGCCUAGAAGGGCGCGAUGCGAUCACGACCUCACUCCCCCCCAUGCACAGCCCAAGACCCAGGUUACUGUCAACCACCAGCUGCGCAGCUAUCUCGUCACUGAGCGGGAGGCUGCGGCAGCUGACGGCCUGGGUCAUGUUGUGGAGCUGUGCAAUGCGGGUCUCGAGCUAGCCAACGUGCAGCUGGGCCCCUAUAUCGAUGACUGGAUUAAAAAGCACUUUCCAGAACAGCGGGGUGGUAAGAAGGGGAGAAAAGGGGAACAAACCCCCUCAGAGAAACUACGCCCAAAUAACAACAGGGCGGGGUCCUAG